GGCUGGGAGCUUGCGCGCAAUCGGGCUCCAGGUAGAGACUGGAGAUGGUGUCAUUUGUGGGCGCUGAGUUUGGAUCCCAAAGCGUUUACAAAAGGAGGCGGAUGAACGAGCCAUCUCCUCCUCCUCCAGCAGCACCAGCAGCAGCGCUCACACCGGCUCAGCAGCGGCAGACAGCCCGGCACAGAAAACAGACACUCAUGUCCAAACUGAGCGAUUCUGGUUUCGAGGAAGAUUUGGGACUCUCUCCGAUUUCAUCCCCGCUUCCAAUAGAUGCGUCCCCGCUCCGUUCAGACGAACCUGAUGCAGGACAGCUCUCCAGCUGGUACCUCCAGUAUGGACACAUCGGCUUCAAGAUCCAGAGGGAGAAAGAGGCGCAGUUCCAUCCCUGCAAAAGCUUGGCGCGCCAGCCACAAUUGACUACAGAUGCACGGUGCAAGCUCGUCAGCUGGCUCAUCCCCGUGCACAAACACUUCCAUCUGUCCUUUGAGUGCUGCUGCCUGGCUGUGAACAUCAUGGACAGAUUCUUGGCAUCCACGCUGGUCGCUGCUGACUGUUUCCAGCUCCUGGGCGUCACCGCACUUCUCAUAGCCAGCAAACAGGUGGAGGUGUGCUCGCCACGGAUCAGCCACCUCUUGUCACUGUGCUGUGACGCUUUCACAAAGGAGCAGCUCUGCAACCUGGAGUGUCUCAUCCUCCUCCGCCUUAACUUCCGCCUCGCCGCUCCCACGCUGGCCUUUUUCCUGGACUAUUACACCAACUGCAUCGAGGCCGUCCAGCUUGUAACUGCGAGCACGAGUGGUGACGGGUUUUCAAGAAAGAAACUAGACACAAAAACACCCACGCAACGCAGCAGCCUUGCACAAAAGGUCUGUGAGUUAACUCUCGCAGAUUAUGCCUUCAACAAAUACCCACCAUCACUGACUGCUAGUUGCGCACUGACGCUAGCCAGUGAGCUACUGAAAACUAAACAAGGUCGUGCAGAGCAUGCAAACAUGCAGCCACAGGAAAAAUCGCAUGAGAGUUUUGUUGACGAGCUAUGGACAGAAAAAAAUUCUACCAAACUAUUUGAAAGCACUGGAUGGCCUGAGGGCGACCUUUUGGCAGUGAAGGACCACGUCCUGGCUGCAGGUCAGGGAAUCUACAACCCCGAUCUGGUCCAGGAAUGCAAAGACAACCUGAAGCUGCUGGUGUCGCUAAACCGGGAGACACUGGAAGAGAUGCCUGCCAUGUGAUUCAGACUGUGCCCACGUUCAGAUGAAAAUGCCAAAGGUCCCUCUUCUUUGAAGUUAUAUUAAACACAGAAGGUUAUUUUAAACAUUUUAAAUAAUGUGUAUUUUUUUUUUAGGGCUGAGGUGAAGAUGAUGUUCAGGAGUCUGGUGUUUUUUUGCACAUUUAACGUCAUGUAUACCUCAUUUACAGUCAGAUGUUUGCAUCCAUUGAAUGUUUUACAACUUAGUAUUAUGUUGCUGUUGUGUGUGUUUUUUUUUUAAAUGUAUUUAUAACAUGCUCCUGUAUAUCUGUAUAAAUAACAUGCUGUGAUAUAGAGCCAUUAUUUUUGGUUUAUGCACUGAUUGGUUGCAGGUUUAUGAUUUAUGUCACUUUUAUGAAGGAUUUAAAAAAAAAU